AUGGGGAUUUUCAGUAUCUUUGUGGAUAAUUUACUAGUGUCAUUAGAUCCAAAAGGCCUUUAUCCUUUUUUUACAAAAUUUGGAGUGGUUAAGGAUGUCUUUAUCCCAAACAAAAGAAGGAAAACAACACGGUCAAGAUUCGGGUUUGUACAUUACGACUGUCCGGUUGCUACUGAAGUUGUUGUUCAAAAAGCGGUUGGAAUGUGGUGUGAUGAAAAAGUGUUACAAGUUAAAAGGGCAGAUUUUGGCAAAGAACAGCAAGUUGGUUUAAAGGAAGCAGUGAAUCGAAUAACAGAGCAAAAUAUGAACCAGUACAGGCAGUCGACCACCUUUAGGAAUGCUCCUUUAAGAAGUAAAUCAUUUGUAGAAAUUGUAAAAGGAAAAGGUGCAAGUGGAGAAACAACUUUAACAGUUAAAGCAGUGGAAGAAGGGAAUGGAUGA